AUGACGGCGACGAGGUGGUGGCAGCUCGAUCAUGUCUCCGCCGGAAGAGCUGCCACAGCAGGGAGCCGGACGCCGUCGCCUAAAGUGACGGCAGACAAGCUGACGAAGUCGAAAUCUAAUAAUCAAUCAAUUAACGCGGACGGCGAAUUCAGCUUCGUGUUCAGGCAGCUCGCCGGAAUCACGAGCGCGAAUCUGAGGAGCGAGCCGUCGCCGUUCCGGACUUGGCGAGCGCUUGGAGGAGCUUCGACGAGUAGAUUUGCUGCUGCGUCUCCGAUUUCCAUUCGAUUGGUGAUCGGAGAAGGUGAAAUGCUGAUCGGAGAUGGUGAACUUUGGGAGUAUUUCACAAAAACAGGAACCCGAAAGCUCACUCUGCAUGUCUGUUUAAAUUUGGGAGUAAAUCGUUUGAUAGGGAAUUGGAUGUCAACAAAACUUGGAUUUGGGUUGCAGAAUUUACCCCAAGAGAAGAUGCCUCAACUUGUACAGAUAAUCAGGAAGAGGGAUGAGCAUUUGGCACAGGAUGUCAAUGAAAUUGAGCUUGAUAUUGAGGCUCUUGAUACGGAAACGCUGUGGGAACUUGAUCGGUUUGUGACCAAUUCGAAGAAGAUGGUGAGCAAGACAAAGCGGCAAGCGUUGAUGAUGAACAACAAUCCAACUGCUGGAGUUUCUAUUCCCUCCAGUCCUGUUACUGAUGCUGAUGGCGCAUUGAGCGACAAGAAUGAUGAUUGUGGCAAGAUGAUGAAACAAAAUGAUGAAGAAGAUGUAGAUAUUGAUGACGAUAUGCCAGCAACGAGUUUCCCUGUUGUUGUGGAGAUUGAGUUUGUGAAAGAAGGUGUUGUUGGGCAGGAGAAUGAUGGUGUUGUUGGACAGGAGAAUGAUGGUAGAGGCAAUGGCAGCAGUAGCUCAAGCAGUUCUGGCAGCUCAAGCAGCGAUUCGUCAUCCUCGAGUGAUUCUGAUUCAGGGAGUUCCUCUGGUAGUGAGUCCGACGCAGAUGAUUGACCAAUUUGAUGAUUGAACUUUUAUUUGAUGAUUGAAUUGGAUGUCUGGCAGUUUUAUUGCUUUUUCUUGCCUGUUAACUGUGAUAUCUCAACUUU